UCAGUUGCAAGAAGAAAGCGAAGUUGCGACGUUGCGACUCUCGGAGGGUGGUACCGAUAUCAUAAACCACACCUUGCAAUACCUACUCUACAGUAGCUAGCUUACCAACGUACCAUAUCUCUUCUGAUGAUUGAUCAUGUCUUCUGAUAGCAUUGCAACUGGUGCUAGUACUGGUGUUGCUGUUGCCAAUGGUAGCAGUGCAAACCACAAUAAGAAACAGAAGAUGUCUCCUCCCUUCGAUUCUCUUCUGUUGGACAAGAAGGAGAUUUCCAUCCAAGGCAUUCUCCCUUUUGUUGGCAUUGGACAGUACACUUUCGUAGGGGCUGUGAACAAGAAGAUGAAUCAACUGUACAAAGAGUACUGUGAAACUGAACGAAAGAAAAAUCCAACAAUGGUAAAAGUAUACCCUGGACUGUAUGCUUUCAGGCGCGCUUCGGAAAUCACCGAUACUCUUUACCGCGAAACAUUCUGUAACCAGCCACGCGCAGAAUGCUGGCUCAAGGACAAUUCCAGCAAUAAGACACCGUAUCCUCAUCUUGUUUGCACUGCAAUUGCAAAAAUUGGAAAUAUUACUGUCAUGCAAUGGGCACAACAACAAGGAUUUCCCUGGAAUGAACAGACCUGUUCCUAUGCUGCUGGAAAUGGACAUUUGGAAAUGCUCCAAUGGUUAAGAGAGAAUGGUUGUCCAUGGGAUGAAGGGACAUGCAAGGCUGCUGCUGGAAAUGGCCAUUUGGAAAUUGUAAUGUGGGCUCGUAAAAAUGGUUGUCGAUGGGAUGUAUGGACAUGUGCUAGAGCUGCUCAACAUGGCCAUUUGGAAAUUGUAAAGUGGGCUCGAGAAAAUGGUUGUCCAUGGAAUGAAGCGACAUGUGUUCGUGCUGCUCUAAAUGGCCAUUUGGAACUUCUAAAGUGGGCCCGUGAAAAUGGGUGUCCAUGGGAUGAAUGGACAUGCUCAGGUGCUGCUCAAAAUGGACAUUUGGAAAUUUUAAAGUGGGCUCGUGAAAACGGUUGUCCAUGGAAUGAAAAUACAUGCACAAGUGCCGCUGUAGAUGGCCAUUUGGAAGUUUUGAAGUGGGCUCGUGAAGAUGAGUGUCCAUGGAAUAAGUUCACGUGUCAAUUUGCUGCUCAAAAGGGACAUUUGGCAAUUCUAAAGUGGGCCCAUGAAAAUGGUUGUCCGUGGGAUGCAGCAACAUAUCAAGCUGCCUGCAUGAAUAACGAACAGGAAGUGAUCCAGUGGCUACGAGACAAUGGCUGCCCUGGGGCUCGUGAUGAAAGUUAAUCACAAUCGCGAUUGGUGGCAAAUGAAGACUGCAUCCAAAGGGGCAACAAUGCACGAAAUGGUUGGUCCACUCAUGUCACUCAAGCACUGGUGAUGAUUACAUAGCCCAAUCCCUGCAUGCGGGCAGUAUUUCUAUCUCAGAACAUUGCCAAGUUUGAAAAUAGAAACCCAAUGUGUUCUACUAGGUAGUAGAUGGAAGCAGCUACUACAUUCGUCUUCGAGUACACGGAGUUUGCAAGCUCGUUUGCAAGCCCGUUUGCAAGCCCGUUCGCUAGCUAACAGACUCCUGCUCUAGCUCUAGACUAACAUGCACAUGUACUAGUACUCUACCCAGCAAAAAAAGAGAAAUGAAGGGUGCUUCCGUGGCUUUUUUGAAUGAUGUACGAGUUUUAUUAUUAUAAAGUAACGU